AUGCCACAGAAAAAGAAAUCACUCACUGAACAAAAUAAGCAGAGACAUGCUGCUGAGCAUAAGUUGGAGACAGGUGAUUAUCAGGACAGAAGUGGGUGUUCAGGAGCUCUAAAGACAGUUGCUUGCCCUACUCCAUGCAACUUGAAUCUCUCUGGGUCUCCCACUGUAGAAACCGGUGAUUCACUAGAAAUAUCAUGGAAGACGUUUCUAUCUGUAUUAAGGUCAAUGGAGGAAGGUUCAGAAAACAAGAUGAAUGCCUUGGUUCCACAGCUAAUAACCUCUCAGCCAAUUCUGUCAAGGAAGAAGACUGCCACCAAGCCUGAAAAAAUAAGAAAAGGCAGAUCAAGUGCUCUCCCUGUUAUACUGAAACCAGGAGAAAAACCAAAUGUCAUACUCCAAAAGGAAAGGGAACUGAAUGCUGCUGUUCACAACUCAAAGCAAGAGGGAGAAAAAAAUAGAAUUGGAUCAGGUCAGCCUGAUUCCUGUGGAAAGACUCCAAAAUGUGACAUAUACCAUACAGCAAGCAAAACCAAGAUAGAUCAAACCUCAACUGAGGCAGGUUAUACUCAAUUAUCUUUGACUCUACUUGAGCCCAAAACUACAGUCCAAAGACAGCGGGAAGUGCCUCCUUUAAUCACCCAAGAAACCACAUCCCUGACACAUAAGUUCAAGAAAGGAAACCUAGGGCUGACAAAUCAUAAGGAUCGACAUCAGCAGAAAUUAAAUAGCAGCAUUAGUGUGCUCCCUCAUCUGGAAUACCAAGUUAAGACCAAUUUGGUUUCAAGUGCUGUAAAAUCCCAACUACAAGAUGCUAUCCUUCCACAAAUAGCCACAAAGAACUUGCAGAAUGUAAAUACAUUGCAUCAGCUGGAAAACAGAUCUCAGGGUCCACCAUUUCCUUCAACUCUACCUGAAAACAGUAACAGGGUGCUCUCCAGCAAGACAGAAAUACAAAAGAUGCACAAUCUAAAGCUGCCUCUGACUUCAACAGAAGCACUGAAACAUUUUAAAAACCACCUAACACUGUAUGAACAACGAGAAAUUAAGGAAUAUAAAGAGCUGUGGUUUCUUGGACUGGGAGCGAAAAAGUUGGAAGGAUAUGUAGAUGCAGAGAACAAUAGUUCCUAUGAUGACGAUCACGGUUCCUACAAAAAGGUUUUAAGUGAUCAUAUUGCAUACAGAUAUGAAGUACUUGCUAUUAUUGGGAAAGGGUCAUUUGGACAUGUUGUAAAGUGUUUGGACCACAAGACAGGUGAAAAAGUGGCAGUGAAAAUAAUAAGAAACAAAAAGAGAUUUCACAAUCAGGCCUUGGUUGAAGUCAAUAUCCUCAAUGCUCUACGGCAAAAAGAUGAAGACAAUGCACACAAUGUCGUCCACAUGAAAGAAUAUUUUUACUUCCGUAAUCAUUUCUGCAUUUCCUUUGAAUUGUUAGGUAUAAAUUUGUAUGAAUUAAUCAAGAAAAAUAAUUUCCAAGGCUUUACCUUGGGUUUGAUUCGUCGAUUCACACAGUGUAUUUUAAGAUGUUUACAAUUGCUCUACGCAGAGAAAAUUAUCCACUGUGAUCUAAAGCCUGAGAACAUAUUAAUAAGCCAACCCCAACUUGGGCAAGUUUCAUUUAAAGUUAUUGACUUCGGAUCAAGUUGCUACGAACACCAAAGAGUGUAUACGUAUGUCCAGAGUCGAUUUUAUCGUUCCCCAGAAGUUAUUCUUGGGCAUCCCUAUGCAACUCCUAUUGACAUGUGGAGUUUAGGGUGCAUCAUGGCUGAGCUAUACACAGGCUAUCCACUCUUUCCUGGAGAGAAUGAAGUGGAGCAGCUUGCAUGCAUUAUGGAGAUAUUAGGCCUUCCACCUGCUGAUUUCAUUCAGACCGCAUCAAGACGACGAACGUUUUUUGAUUCGAACAGUACUCCAAAGAAUGUUACAAAUAGUAGGGGAAGAAUAAGAAACCCAAACUCCAAGGAUCUGAGCACCGUAUUGAAAACAUAUGAUGGCUCUUUUCUGGAUUUUCUGAAAAAAUGCCUUGUAUGGAAACCUUCUCUGCGCAUGACUCCAGAAGAAGCAAUGCACCAUACCUGGAUGCAGGAUCCCUGGUUACAUAAGGCAAAACAAAAGCCCAAGACUGCUACAAAGCAAAAUGAGGGAUCCUUCUUCAUCCCAGAGAAGAAAAAAGAAAAUGUUCAUAAAAAUGCACAGCCAGAAAGAGGAGAUGAAAUAAUUUGGCACCAUUCUACUGGAGAAGUAAAAUCUGUUCCCCCUGAAAUGUUACCUGCGCCUAUCAUAUCAUCCCAAGAAACAAAUGAAGAUGGAAGUCAUGACACAACCAAACAGGACACUUUAGAAAAAGAACUGGAAGGCCCAAUGGAGAAAGCUGUUAAAAGAGACCAUAGAGCUGAGAAGAUCAUGCACAAAAGUACAAGCAUCUUACCACCCAUUAAGUACAAGCAGUGA